AUGAUUGUUCGUCCUGGAGCUCUGCUCCGAUUCUUUCCAUUAAUCGUGAUAUCUUGUGUUAUCUUGUAUCAUAGUUGGAAUUCAGUGCGACCUACCCAAAGUAUAUACUCCUCCGCAUAUACAGCACAUCCUCAAGCUGGAAGGUAUUUUGAACAAGUAUUUUCGGUAAAUAAGCCGGCAGAUUAUGAUUUUCCAGCUCUCAAACAACAAUGCGAGGAGAUGGAAUGGCCAAAAAACGAGGUGUACUUAGAUUGCAGUGGCAUAUUUGCGGGUUUGACAACAAUCGUGUCUCAAGUAAAGGUCUGCUUGAAGAUGGCCUUGGAGUCUGGCCAUGGAUUAAUUCUACCAUCGAUUCACUAUCGCGAUAAAGAUAACUUGCAAGAACUCAACCGUUUCAAUGAAAAGGCAUCCAUGACUUAUGGCGAAUGGUUUGACGAAGUUCAUUUACUCGAGCAGAUGAAUAAAGCUUGUCCACAGAUGCGAAUCAUUAAGCCUCGUGAAAUCGAGUCUGGUGAAGUUACUGUGCAACAUCGUUGGCCAAUAGAACUCUCAGCCAAAACUGCUCCAGGGCUUGCGCUGUUCAAGGGAUAUUUUUGGAAAGGAAGGGGUUUCAAAGAUUUCUUUGACGCUCAAUACACUCAAUUAGAACAACUUUUCUUGUUAAAUCCUGGCAACAAGCUUAAUCAUGGAGCUGGUAUAAUCGCCAUAGAGAUCAAUCCUCAGUUCCUAAUCUUCAGAAUCACAGACGAUGCAACUGGACAAGACCUUAAGUUAUGGAAUGAGCUGGGGUAUCUCAUCCGGUUUAGAGAACCUCCUCGGCGGGUUGUCGAUCGACUUCUAACUCAAAUAGAUCGUCCUUUCUAUGGAGUCCAUUUCAGAGUAGAAUCUGAUCAAAUAUGGAGCUCCCUUGAAAGUCAACUCCAGAAAGAUCUAGAUGCUUUGGAUCGCGCAUGGCAGAAAUAUGGCAGUCCUAGCGAAGAAAAACCUUUGGUCUAUUUGGCUUGCGGAGAUCAAAAUCAAGUGUUAAAAUUCGUUGAGGCCGGGAAAGCCCGAGGUUGGAACGUCACACAUAAGUGGAAACUGGCCGAGAAGGAUACCAAUACUUUGAAGACCAUCAACAAACUGAGUUUUGAUUUUCAGGGUGCUAUUGAUAUGGGAGUCAUGCUGAACAGCCACUUUUUCUUGGGAAUCACUGGGAGCGCGUUCUCAUCCUCUGUUGCGAACGCUCGUGAUGCCACUGGAAGGUAUCGAGGAAGUUCUUUCUCGCUCUCCGAUGAUGGAGGUGCAAGAACUCAUCUUUUUAAUGAUGGGGAGUCAAAUUACUAUCCUUGUUGCCUUUAA